AUGGAAAACCAGACAACUAUGGAAGAAUUUUUCCUGGUGGGACUUACUGAUAAUGCUACAGUCCAGAUUCUCCUGUUCUUAAUUUUCUUACCUAUCUACCUCAUUACCCUGGUAGGGAAUAUUUUAAUUAUGCUGGCAAUAAGGGCUGAUGCUCAGCUACACAAUCCAAUGUAUUUUUUCCUCGCUAACUUAUCUUUCCUUGACAUCUGCUAUUCAUCUGUAACAGUUCCAAAGAUGCUUGACAACCUCCUAGCCUCAAAAAAGACAAUCUCUCUUAAUGGCUGCAUUGCACAGAUCUUCUUCUUUAUUUUCAUGGUUGGAACAGAGAUCUUCUUACUCUCUGCAAUGGCAUAUGACCGCUAUGCGGCCAUAUGUAACCCACUGAGAUAUAACACCAUUAUUAGCCACCGAAUGUGCCUCCAGAUGGUGCUGGGUGCAUGGGUAUCAGGAUUCAUGGAUUCCCUUGUUAACACUCUUUUUCUGACUGGCUUACACUUCUGUGGUCCCAACAACAUCAACCAUUUCAGCUGUGAGCUACCUUUGCUAUUGCAGCUCUCUUGCACUAAUACAUUUGCCAACGAGAUGGUGAUUCUCACCUUCAGCAUGACAUUAGGGUUUGUCUCCCUCCUUCUCAUUAUAGCUUCCUAUGUUCGGAUCAUUAGCACCAUUCUCAAGAUACGUUCUGCAGAAGGAAGGCAGAAGGCAUUCUCAACUUGUGCUUCUCAUCUCAUUGUGGUUCUUCUCUUCUGUGGAACAGCUUUCAUUAGGUACAUGCGACCUGCAUCAGGGUAUUCAGACACACUAGACAAGCUUGUGUCAAUUCAAUACAGCAUCCUAACCCCCAUGUUGAACCCCAUUAUAUACAGCCUAAAAAACAAAGAAGUGAAGGCUGCUUUGAAGAAGCUGUGGUCUCGA